AUGGUGCUGCUCAAGAGCUACGAUAGCUUCUUGAGUGAAUUAACCAAACUUUUCGAAGAGACACGAAAUAAGAAUUCACUAUUUGUCACUAUUAAACGAUAUGAUGGUCGUACUAAACCAAAAAGUUGUAAAGGAGAUAAAAAUGAAUCGACUGGUGAUAAUAAAUGUCUGAUCAGAGCCACCAAUGGGAAAAGGAAAGUCAGUUAUGUGGCCUAUGCUAGUGUUAUAAAAGGAAACAUCGUCGGAUUGAAGAAAAAAGAUAAACGCAUUGGGCGAACGAAAGGAAAGAAGACUAUGGCUACACAAUAA